AUGUGGUCGUGCCUAACCCCGAUGUGGAGGGGGGCAGGCACAUUCUCGAGCAUCAUUUGCACAAGACCCCCCUCCCAGACGACAUGGGCGUGUCGUGUUGUGUGGGUGGUAGCUAGCGCGCGCCACGCCGGGCUUCAGCGGGGCAGGCCUCGCGAACCCGGUGAACACGCGAGUAUAUGGCUGGUGCAGUUUCUCAAGGCCAUGCGCGACGAGCGCGGAGGAGAGCUGCUGCCAGGCGCGCACCUGCUGGGCUUCCUGCGGCUGCUGCCGCCUUCUCCCGCCCCUGCUGGUCUCCCCAGCACGUCCGUGAGCAGUGUUCUCCACAGGCUCAAGCAUUGGUUCUGGAUUUUGGUAUUUGUCUCUUGCUCUCACUGCCCUAGCUCACCCACUGCCAUCUAG